UCGGCGGCGGGAGGCGAGAGGACCGGGAGCAGAGCGAACGAGCGAGCGAGCGAGCGAGCCUGAGGGCCUGGGAGACGGCGGCGAGGCGGACGCGGCAAGGGCGCGGCGGAUCUCCACUCGCUCAGCAGCGCACUCGGUGCCCGGUGCAGGCUUGCGAUGCUGCCCAGUUUGGCGCUGCUCCUGCUGGCCGCCUGGACGGCGCGGGCGCUGGAGGUGCCCACUGAUGCCAAUGCCGGGCUGCUGGCAGAACCCCAGAUUGCCAUGUUCUGUGGCAAGCUCAACAUGCACAUGAACGUGCAGAAUGGGAAGUGGGAAUCGGAUCCAUCGGGGACGAAAACCUGCAUUGGUACCAAGGAGGGCAUCCUGCAGUACUGCCAAGAAGUCUACCCUGAACUGCAGAUCACAAAUGUGGUAGAAGCUAACCAGCCAGUGACCAUCCAGAACUGGUGCAAGCGGGGCCGCAAGCAGUGCAAGACCCACACCCACAUUGUGAUUCCUUACCGCUGCUUAGUUGGUGAGUUUGUAAGCGAUGCCCUUCUCGUUCCUGACAAAUGCAAGUUUUUACACCAAGAGCAGAUGGAUGUUUGUGAGACGCACCUUCACUGGCACACUGUCGCCAAAGAGACAUGCAGCGAGAAGAGCACCAACCUGCAUGACUAUGGCAUGCUGCUGCCCUGUGGCAUCGACAAGUUCCGAGGGGUGGAGUUUGUAUGCUGCCCUCUGGCUGAGGAAAGCGACAGCAUCGAUUCUGCUGAUGCAGAGGAGGAUGACUCUGAUGUCUGGUGGGGGGGAGCAGACACAGACUAUGCAGACGGCAGUGAAGACAAAGUAGUAGAAGUAGCAGAGGAAGAGGAAGUGGCUGACGCGGAGGAAGAAGAAACCGAUGAUGACGAGGAUGUAGAGGAUGGGGAUGAGGUAGAGGAGGAGGCCGAGGAGCCCUAUGAAGAGGCGACCGAAAGAACCACCAGCAUCGCCACCACCACCACCACCACCACUACCGAGUCUGUGGAGGAGGUGGUCCGAGAGGUAUGUUCUGAGCAAGCUGAGACGGGACCAUGCCGAGCAAUGAUCUCCCGCUGGUACUUUGAUGUCACUGAAGGGAAGUGUGCCCCAUUCUUUUACGGCGGAUGUGGCGGCAACAGGAACAACUUUGACACGGAAGAGUACUGCAUGGCGGUGUGUGGCAGCGUCAUGUCUCAAAGUUUACUCAAGACUACCCAGGAACCCCAAGACCCUGUUAAACUUCCAACAACUGCAGCCAGCACCCCAGAUGCCGUUGACAAGUAUCUGGAGACACCUGGCGAUGAGAAUGAGCACGCCCAUUUCCAGAAAGCCAAAGAGAGGCUGGAAGCCAAGCACCGGGAGAGAAUGUCCCAGGUCAUGAGAGAAUGGGAAGAAGCUGAACGUCAAGCAAAGAACUUGCCCAAAGCUGAUAAGAAGGCGGUUAUCCAGCAUUUCCAGGAGAAGGUGGAAUCUCUGGAACAGGAAGCAGCCAAUGAGAGACAGCAACUCGUGGAGACUCACAUGGCCAGAGUGGAGGCCAUGCUCAACGACCGCCGCCGCCUGGCGCUGGAGAAUUAUAUCACCGCACUGCAGGCCGUGCCGCCGAGGCCUCACCACGUGUUCAACAUGCUGAAGAAGUAUGUCCGUGCUGAGCAGAAAGACAGGCAGCACACACUGAAGCAUUUCGAACAUGUGCGCAUGGUGGAUCCAAAGAAAGCUGCUCAGAUCCGGUCCCAGGUUAUGACACACCUCCGCGUGAUCUAUGAGCGCAUGAACCAGUCUCUCUCCCUGCUCUACAAUGUCCCUGCAGUGGCCGAGGAAAUUCAGGAUGAAGUUGAUGAGCUGCUUCAAAAAGAGCAAAACUACUCGGAUGAUGUCUUGGCCAACAUGAUCAGUGAACCUAGGAUCAGUUAUGGAAAUGAUGCCCUCAUGCCAUCUUUGACCGAAACAAAAACCACCGUGGAGCUUCUUCCUGUGAAUGGGGAGUUCAGCCUGGACGAUCUCCAGCCGUGGCAUCCUUUUGGAGUGGACUCCGUGCCAGCCAAUACAGAAAAUGAAGUUGAGCCUGUUGAUGCCCGCCCCGCUGCCGACCGAGGACUGACAACUCGACCAGGUUCUGGGUUGACAAAUAUCAAGACGGAAGAAAUCUCUGAAGUGAAAAUAGAUACAGACUUUGGACAUGAUUCAGGAUUUGAAGUUCGCCAUCAAAAACUGGUGUUCUUUGCAGAAGAUGUGGGUUCAAACAAAGGUGCCAUCAUUGGACUCAUGGUGGGUGGCAUUGUGAUAGCAACAGUGAUUGUCAUCACCUUGGUGAUGCUGAAGAAGAAACAGUACACAUCUAUCCAUCAUGGUGUGGUGGAGGUUGACGCUGCCGUGACCCCAGAGGAGCGCCACCUCUCCAAGAUGCAGCAGAAUGGUUAUGAGAAUCCGACUUACAAGUUCUUUGAGCAGAUGCAGAACUAGACACCGCCACAGUAGCCUCUGAACUUGGACAGCAAGACCAUUGCUUCACUACCCAUCGGUGUUCAUUUCUAGAAUAAUGUGGAAAAAAACAACCCUUCUGUUUUAUUAUUUACUCAUCAUUGCCUUUUGACAGCUGUGCUGUAACACAAGUAGAUGCCUGAACUUGAAUUAAUAUACAAAUCAGUAAUGUAUUCUCUCUCGACAUUUCUGGUCUCUACACUACAUUAUUAAUGGGUUUUGUGUACUGUAAAAAAAAAAUUAGCUGUUAUCAAAUUAGUGCAUGAAUAGAUUCUCUCCCAAUUAUUUAUCACAUACAUGCCCUUAGCCCGUUGUAUAUUAUUCUUGUGGUUUGUGACCCGAUUAAGUCCUACUUGAAAUAUGCUUUAAAAAUCGAUGGGGGAUGCUUCAUGUGAACGUGGGAGUUUAGCUGCUUCUCUUCUCGUGUCUAAGUAUUCUUUUCCUGAUCACUAUGCAUUUUAAACAUUUUUAAGUAUUCCAAAUGAUUUAGAGGUUUUUCCAUAACUGCAUCUUACUGUACAGAUUGCUGCUUCUGCUAUAUUUGUGAUAUAGGAAUUAUGAGGAUACACGUUCAUUUUUUUUUUUUGCUCUGCUGGUCUCAAGUUACCAAGAAUUCUCCAAAAACAAUUUUCUGCAGGAUGAUUGUACAGAAUCAUUGCUUAUGCCAUGGUAGCUUUAUAUACUGUAUUACAUAAAUAAAUUAAAUAAAAUAA